AUGACUGGCACACCAAUGGCCGAUUUGUGGGACGAGUUGUGCGUGGUGACAGACCUAUGCCUGCGUCUCCACAGAAGCGCUGUCCAAGCAUCCGGGAGAGCCAUGGCCCUGAUGGUCACUCAGGAGAGAGCUAGAUGGCUGAACCUGUCUAGCCUGUCUCAGAGGGAAAAGAACCAGCUCCUCGACACCCCCGUGGACCCAAAGAGCUUAUUCGGACCCACUGUGGCAGCCAUGCAAAAACGCUGUGAGGAAAAGAAGAGGGAAGGUGAAGCGCUAAAGCUGUGUCUGCCCAGGAAAGCGCAGCCUCCUCCCCCUCCAGCACCCCGUGUGCCGUUCGCUCAAGCGGCAGCUCGACCAGCCUACCGCAUCCCCAAACGCCAGCCUCAGCCGCAGUCAGCGGACCGUGGGAAACAAACCGAGCUCAAAGGACACGUCCUGUCCCAGUUCGAGUUCAGAACGCCACGUUCAAGGCAACUCAAACGGCCUGCAGAGCCGACGUUGGAGCUCAUCGUUCAGAGCCGACCGAAGCGGAGGAGGAUCAAAGCCACCGAGAGCUCAGUGGAGCCGCAGCUGUGGCCAGAAAGCACACACCAGUGCACAAACACAUGCCAGUGUCUAAAAACACGACCUUCCCCCUUCACAACAUGUUCAAUAAAGUUGUUUUCUGGCACGCAUCCAGGCCUGGAGCCGAGGGCGCAGCCACAACAAAAAAACAUGAAAAAUAUGUUAAAAAUAACACAAGGACAGGACGUGCAGCUGCACAUGAGGCCACAAGGGGGAGCUCUCGCUCCAGCUUUGGCACAGCGGCAGGCUGGAGCUCCCGCUCCACCCUUGCCACAGCUGCACAUGAGGCCACAAGGGGGAGCUCUCACCCUACCUCUAACACAGCAGGCUGUUUUUUCUGUGGAAGAAGCAGACCUGGGACGAGCGCAGCUGGCAGUUGUAGCGGAACAGCAGAUCCCUCAGCCGGUGUUGCGCAGUGUUUACACGGAAGCACCUUUAGGUCCACUGGCAAACAACACUCAGCUGUGGCGAGCGUGUGGAGCGUCAGAUUGGGUGAUAAAGACUGUAUCCAAGGGAUACAGGCUCCAAUUUGUGACAGCCCCACCCCGUUUCAAGGGCAUAGUACAGUCAUACGCCCGGGGAGAGUCCGCUCGCGUCCUGCAGGAGGAAAUAAUUUCCCUGCAGCACAAAAGAGCUGUCCGGCUGGUACCGCAGGAGAAAAGCAGAGACGGGUUUUACUCCAGAUACUUUCUCGUGCCGAAAAGGGGCGGGGGUCUGCGACCGAUAUUGGAUCUGUGGGCUCUGAACACAUAUCUGAGACGGUAUUCGUUCAGGAUGCUAACACACGCAGCUCUGAUAAAGUUUGCGCAUCAAGGAGACUGGUUUGUCUCCAUAGACUUGAAAGACGCAUAUUUCCAUAUCCCUAUAUACCCCCCUCACAGAAAAUACCUCAGAUUUGCGUUUCAGGGAGAGAUAUACGAGUACCUGGUACUUCCUUUUGGCCUCUCACUGAGCCCACGUGUGUUCGUGAAAUGCACCGAGGCAGCCAUCGCGCCUCUGAGGGAAAGGGGGAUGCGUCUGGCGACGUAUAUAGACGAUUGGCUGAUUGCAGCUCAGUCUUUAGAGGAGCUCAGGACGCAUGCCGAGAUGCUUACUUUACAUCUGACAGCCCUGGGAUUCACAAUAAACUGGGAAAAGAGCAUUUUAACCCCAGUACAAACAAUCACCUUCAUUGGCCUGUCCCUGAAUUCAGUCGAGUUCAGAGCGCGCCUCUCAGCGGAACGAGUAAAAGCCUUUCAGGCUUGUCUGGCACUCUUUCGCAGAGGCACACAGGUGAAAUUCAGGUUAUGCCUCAGACUGCUGGGUCUGAUGGCGUCUGCGCUGGCGGUCAUCACACUCGGCCGUCUACACAUGCGCCCGUUUCAAAGGUGGGUGGCGUCACUCAGCUUGAGCCCCACACGCCAUGCUCACCGCAGCGUCCUGGUUUCUCUCAUAUGUGCACGCGCGCUGAGCCCGUGGAAGCGUCCCGGUUUUCUCAACACCGGCGUUACCAUGGGAACCAUCCCGACGAGGAAGGUAAUUACCACAGAUGCCUCGCUGACAGGCUGGGGAGCCACUCACGAGGGGAUGAUGGUAAACGGCGUUUGGAGUCCACAAACACAGACAGCUCACAUAAAUUGUCUGGAACUCCUGGCCGUGAUGCUGGCACUGAGACACUUUCUGCCCUUUAUCAAAGGGCACCAUGUUUUGGUCAGAACGGACAACACAACAGUGGUUGCUUACAUCAACAGACAGGGGGGUCUGCGCUCACGUCAUUUACACGAGCUGGCAUACAGACUGAUAAUCUGGACCAGCUCACACUUGCUGUCGCUAAGAGCGACUCACGUGCCAGGGGUAAUGAACAGAGGCGCGGAUCUGCUGUCAAGGGGCAAUCCCCGCUACAAAGAGUGGAAACUCCACAGCGAGGUGAUGACCCAAAUAUGGAAGAGGUACGGCCGAGCGGAAGUCGACCUCUUCGCAUCAGGGGAAAAUGCUCAGUGUCCGAUGUUUUUCUCACUGACAGAGCAACAAGCUCCGCUUGGGCUGGAUGCUCUAGCGCACAAAUGGCCGCCGGCCCUACUGUACGCCUUUCCCCCACUGGAACUGAUCAUUCCUACUCUCGCCAGGGUGCGAGAGGGAAAACACUCACUCAUUCUGAUAGCUCCCCGCUGGCCAGGGAAACAUUGGCUAGCGGAGAUUUUUCAGAUGCUACACGGCGAGCCAUGGCGGCUUCCCCUCCGCAGAGAUCUCCUGACGCAGGCACGCGGAGAAAUAUUUCAUCCGCAUCCAGAGCGCAUGGCCCUAUGGGCCUGGCCUGUGAGGGGUUAAAUCUGGCUGCCAGUGGGCUUCCCCAGAGCGUUAUUGACACAAUUCAAAAUGCAAGGGCCAUUUCCACGCGUAACGUGUAUGAGGGUAAAUGGCAGGCAUUCGUGGGUUGG